AUGCGGCUUGCAGGCGGAGGCGCAGUGGUCCUCGGAAACUGCCUCGCGGCCCUCGAAGAAGGCGACGGCCGCUCCACCUGGACCCCCGAGCCCAACUCCCAACUCCGGCUGGACCGCGCCGGCUUCUACUGCCUGACGCAGCAGAACAGCCACGGCACAGAGCCGGGCACUGGGGACAUCGCCGUGGCCUUCGGGGCCGCAGCUCGCAGCGGCAGCUCCGCGGGCGCGGCCCACAGCCCCGCAAUGGCUCUCGACCGAGACGUGGCCACUUUCUGGGCUUCUGGGGCCUUUCCGGACGCCGAGGAGCACCCCGUGGCCUUCGACAUCGACCUCGGUGAGUUUCCGAAAAACUUGAAUUCGGAGAAGUCCUCAAGGGGCCUCGAGGCGCCGCUCACGCCGCGCCAAUUCAGGAAAGAGCGCACGGCUCGCCGCGCUGCGCCUCGACUGGGAAUACCCCCCCAUGGCCUACAAAGUGCAAGUCACCGCGGCCCGCUCAGGGACGCAGCUGAAAACGCCGCCAACCCCGCGAACCUCACUCUGGACACUCUCCCUGGACCAGUGGUCCAGCACGUGCGCAUUCUGAUGACCCACCCGCACACCACCAACGGCAAAGUGGGGGACCAGUACGUGUACGGCCUUCGAGAGGUCUACGCCCUCGCGAGCCGGCUGGACUCCGCCGUGGGGGACUGCAAAGAGGCAGCAAACUCCGAAGACGCGCGAGACAAGUACUUUCUGCUGCCAGUUCAUGAAUUCGACUCCGAGAUCGCGGCCAAGAUGGACUCGCUCGAGGAAGACGUGCUGCGGCGCUCCCGCGCGCUCAGCAAGAAGACGAAACUCGCAGUCGACAGCCUCGACAAGGCCAAGAGCUGCGUCGCAGAAAAAGAAAAACUCAAAACGCAAACGCAGGCGCUCGCAGCCACCGCCGCCACUCUCCAGGGCGAACUCCUCAAGCUUUCCUCCGAGAGCCAGGGCCGGGACGAGCGGGAGCUCGGCUAUUUACCAGGCGACUCCCCGAACUACCCCGCUGAAGACUGUUUCGCUGCGAAGGCCGCCAGCCCCGAGGCCCCCUCGGGGUUUUACUGGAUCCUGCCCCGCUGCGCGCCGCAUCCGCUGCGGGUGUACUGCGCCAUGGAAAGCGCCACUUCGCUGCUUUUCGUCAAACUCGGAGUUGGAGACGAAAACACAAAUGUUCCCAAAGUGCAUUCGCUGACUUCUCUGCGACUUGACGAAGUCGAAAACGCAGUGCUGCCGCUGGCCCACGAUAUGGGCUGCUUGGAGGGGAAGUGCACGGGCGCCUACAAGGACCUCUUCUCGGGCACGACGGACUUGACUUCUUUGCUGCUUGAGGGCUCUACAAGUUCGAAGGCGAAUCCAAAGGCAUUGCCUACAGCCGGCCUGAGGCUCCCUGGAGCCGAGCCCACUUACUUCGACAUCGAGACCGCAAAUGUGGGAGUUAUUGUCUGCUCGACAAAUGCGGGGGAAGGCCAAGUCGCGCUGCCACACAUCGACAUCGGCUGCGAGGCGUCUGCCGCUUCUCACCCGGCGUUUUUCGGAAUAACCAACACCAACAUCGUGGUGGAGUGCCCGCCCGGCUGCAGCGAGGCCAGCUCUUUGCCAGUCUUCGGCACCAACGGCCUCUACUCGGACUUGAGCGCCAUUUGCAAAGCCGCAGUCCACGCCGGAGUCCUUAAGGCCAGCAAGGGCGGCCUGGCCAGUGUUUCUUUGGAGAGCAGCUUGCCCUUCUACGAGGGCUCUACAAGCAACGGAGUCAAGUCGGAGGCCCUGAAUACCCCCAACACCAUUCAACUCACUAAUGAGCUCAAGACAGACCUGCAGCAGCAGCAGCAGCAGCAGCAGCAGCAGCAAAACGGAGGCGGCCUGCCCAGCAAACGCAGGGGGCGAGUGACGCGCAGCGUUCGAAUUGUGCCAGUUGCCAAGGACUGCCCCAUCGAGAGUCUUUCGACUUUGUCGAGUUCCUUCAUCGAGCUCGCAGUCUCGACCACCGCCGGUGCUUCUGUCUCGGAAACUCCGAACGAAAAAGCUGAAGAUGUGAUGAUAGACCCCAUGAUGGCUGCUGUGAUCAACGACGUGCUGGGGGCCUUAGACGAAGUCCACGGCCUAGACCCCACAAACGUGUUUGCGGCGCAGACAGCAGCAGCAGAGGCCACUGCAGCGCUGGAAGAGGCCCUGAUGCCUGCAGCGCUGCUGCAGCAGCAAGUGCUGAGCGCAACGGGCGACCUGCUGCAGCAGGCGGAAGGCGCAGCAACGGCUCUGCUGAACAGCUCGGGGGCCCUCGGCGCAGAACUGGAGGCACUGACACACAAAUUGAGAAAAGUGGAGAAGCAGAGACAGAGCCAAACAGGCUUUCAGUCCUUCAGCCUCAACUACACUCGAGACGCCUUUUCGGAUGUGUUCGAAACUGCCGACAGCUACAGAGCCACGGGGGGCCCCAGCUCCUGGGGAUACGCAGAAGUGCAGCUAAAUGAAGACAACAAUAAAAAACAAAACAAUAAAAAACAAAACAAUAAAAAACACAACAAUAAAACACACAACAAUAAAAAAUACAACAAUGAGAAACACUCCAAGACCAUUGGUCAGUCCGCCCCGGUGAAGGGGCGGAGGGCCACGGAAGGAACUUUUGCUUUCCUGAAGGGGCGCCGUUUCUACGACGGAGUGAUUCACGUGGACUUUCUCCUCUUCGACAAAGGCACCGCCGGAGUCGCCUUCAGAAUGCAAGACCUGCAGAACUUGCUGCUGCUGUCCGCCAGCAACGAGCCGCAGCAGCUGCUGCUGCACAGAGUCGAAGACGGCGAGGCCUUUUUGCUGCAGCAAACUGAAAGCCCCCAGUGCUGCAGCGAGAACAGCUGGAGCCGCCUGCGCAUAGAGUUGCACCACGGCCGCAUAAAGGUGGCCGUGGGCGCGGGGGAGAAGCACUGGAGUCCAGCGCUGGACGUCUUCGAUGAACGCUUCCUCUCGGGAACUGCUGGCCUCUUCGUCUCCGGCGCCAAACGAGGAGUCCUCUUCGACAACUUCCGAUUCGACGCUGCCCCUUGCUCGCCCAUUUCAAAAGGCCUGCAGCUAAGACAAGGCAGCUCCAGCCGAUUCCGCAGCAGCAGCAGCAGCAGCAGCAGCAGCAGCAGCAGCAGUCAGCAGCAGCAAUUUCUCUGGGGCCUGCCGGCGCCGCUGAGGACCAAGGUGGGUGUUGCUGGCCUCUCCGUUGAAGCUGCUUGA